GUUACUUAACGGGAACCAAAGUAAUACCCAUGUGACACGACAAAUGAACAGCUAGUCCGGGGUAAUAUGAUUUGUUUUGUAACUGUGGAGGUUAAAGUUUUGUCAUGUAAGUUAGCUAAGUAACGUUACCUCCAGAAAGUAGUUUCAACGACACCGCGGGUCUCGUUUCAUCGGCUUAACGUUAGCUAGCUGGCUAACGCUUAGCUACUCCCAUUGAAAUUUGAUUGACACCUGGUACACGAGAGGGCACACAACUGCACUCAGAGUGCGGAGCAGUAACGACAUUAACAUGACUGCAUAAUUGGCAUGACAGCAGACACUGGAGGGAGGAUCGGCACGAUGGAGGCACCGGGCCGAACCACCAACUUCAACUUUUCACAUGAGGAGGAAGACCCGGAUUCCCCUGCCCUCUCGUCCACCAUGUCCAUUGACAAGCUGUUCCCGGCUCUCUUGGAGUGCUUUGGGAUCAUAUUAUGUGGAUACAUCGCCGGGAGGGCAAACAUCAUCACGUCCACCCAGGCCAAAGGAUUGGGGAAUUUCGUGUCUAAGUUUGCCCUCCCGGCGCUGCUGUUCAAGAACAUGGUGCUGCUGGACUUUGGUAAUGUCAUCUGGCCAUUCCUAUGGAGCAUCCUCAUCGCCAAAGUGUCUGUGUUUGUCAUUGUAUGCGUCCUCACGCUGAUUGUUUCCAGUCCUGACAGCCGUUAUAGUAAGGCUGGACUCUUCUCAAUAUUUGCCACCCAAAGCAAUGACUUUGCUUUGGGGUAUCCCAUCGUUGAGGCCCUGUACCAGAGCACGUACCCAGAGUACCUCCAGUACAUCUACCUGGUUGCGCCGGUGUCCCUGAUGCUUCUAAAUCCCAUUGGCUUUGCCUUCUGCGAGAUCCAGAAAUGGAAGAAUCAGGGAAACCACCAGAAGAGCAAAUUCCUGAUUGUGGGACUUGUAGUUUUACAGGUCCUGAAGAACCCUAUUGUAUUCAUGGUUGUCAUUGGCAUCAUCGCCCACUUUGCCCUGCACCAGACAAUUCCUGCCUUCAUGGCUGAAUUUGUGGAUGGCUUGGCCAAUUCUUUCGGGGGAGCAGCUUUGUUCUACUUGGGUCUGUCCAUGGUGGGGCAGUUGGGGAAAUUAACCAGAUCCACAGUCGUGACACUGAUAUUACUAAUAACAGCAAAACUGUUGUUAAUGCCUUUGAUUUGUAAGGACAUGGUGGAUCUGUUGGACAAUAGCAACACCAGCGCUUUGAACCACUCAAGCCUCUCCAAUUAUGCCUUUAUUUAUGGAGUGUUUCCCACUGCGCCAAGUGUCGCCAUCUAUGCUGUCUAUUACAACGCAGAGCUUGAAGUUGUCACCUCUGGUAUGGUGAUCAGCACUUUUCUCUCAGCUCCGAUAAUGUAUGUUUCUGCCUGGUUACUUACAAUCCCUUGGAUGGAUCCUCAGCUUUUGAUGAAUUCACUGCAGAAUGUCAGCUUUAACAUAAGCAUUGUGAGCUUAGUUGCACUGGUGUGGACAAUUGCUGUCAUGUUUUUAACUAAGAAAUUCAAAAGGCUACCUCACAUGUUUACAGUCAACCUUUUCUUUGCACAGUUUCUUACCAGUAUUGGAAUGAUCCUGUGGAACUUUGUGGUGAAAGAAGACAACUGGACUGGGCAGGUCCUGACUUUCACAUUAUUAUGUACCUCACUCUACAGCAGUUAUGUGUGGCCAGGUUUGAUAGCACUCUCUCUUGUGCUCAUGAAGAGGUUUGAGGGUCUGAAAGUUUCACCAGCCGUGUUUGUCACUGCAGGCUGGGGGGUUCCAGCCUUAGUAACUGCUUCGUUGCUCAUUUCUGGGGAAAUAAUGUCUGACACAAUUAACCCAUCGUUCUUUUACGGCAAAUCACAGAUAAUCUGCACUGCAGUUGUAGCUGCCAUUAGCAUACUGCUGGGAGGGGGCUGUCUUGUGUGUCUCAGUAGAGGAAGCUGGGCCCAGAAUGACCAAAUCCAAGAGGGAAACUCUGCAGAGGAUCUUGUGACCGAAGUGGAACCAGAAAACCAGAAUCUGUCUGAGUCAUCAGGAGAUCUCAGCAGAGCGUGCCUCAUAUGCGACUGUGCCCCAACCCAGCCCAUGCCCGACAUGAUCAUCAGCGCAAAUAUCAACAACACACCACCUACACUCAUGGAUCAGUGUGAGACUAGGUGCGAGUCCACAGACUGCCUGCUUGUCGAAGUGGAGGAGCUCCAACAGGCUGCAGAUAGACAAGUGGCCCGUCAUGUGCUCCUAUGUCUGCUCCUGACUGUCACCUUGCUUGCCAACUUGUCAAGCUGCUUAUGGUUGCUCUUUAACCGUGACCCUGGUAGACUUUACCUGGAGCUGCAGUUCUUCUGUGCUGUGGCCAACUACGGACAGGGGUUUCUUUCAUUUGCUCUGUUUGGGCUGGACAAGCAUUUUAUUAUACUGCCGUUUAAGAAGAGGUUAUAUAGUCUGUGGUAUCGAAAGAAGCAAGAAGAUCAGCUGCAGACUGAUUUACCUGAGGAUGUCAGGAUGACCUGCACCCAGUUCACAAAAUACCACAAAGACCAGUGUUCUCAUGACAUUGUCAAAAAGAGAAGGUGUGGUAAGAAGACUAGGGUGGAUUGUUUUCUUGGCUGUGAACUUGUGGAGUGGCUGCAGCAGGUGGGCUUGGCUCAGGACGUGGGUGAGGCGGUACUCUAUGGAACGCGGCUACAGCAGGGUGGUGUGCUCCAACACAUCAAGCAGGAAUACGACUUCCAGGACAGUCGCCUUUAUUACCGCUUCAUGACAUAAAGAGUACCUGCACCCAGACAGAAAAUUGUGUUUGCACUGCCGUGAUUUGUCCUGAACAGCACAAGGCAGUAUUAUGCAGCGCAACAUCAAAGUCGGGUGUUGGAACAGACCAUGACGGACUGUGCUAUUGGGUGUUUAGAACAUACUUGUGCAACAGACUUGUAACUUUCAAACAAAAAAGGCUUGAAACAAGACUUUUUUUAAAAUACUGCUUUUAAAAUACUUUUUAAAAAUACAUUUAUAUGCAGUCAACAGAUGCAAUUUGACUUUUAGUUGUUGUACUUUAUGUUUGGUCAUUGACUGAUGAUGCACAAAGCGCUUCCUCACAAAACAAAUUAUAAGUGCAAAUCCCACUCUACAUUCUGCUGAAUGUAUUAUUUCAUUUACUGGGACACUUCACACUGUAUUAUCACUCGUCCACCAAAGCCACUUGCCAAAGGAAAAAAAAGGGAAGAUGUGGUUAAAUCUUCAUCCACUUUUUUAGAGUUUAUUUGUAGUCAGUUUAACUUGUGAUUAAGUUAGUUUCACCAGUUUGUUAACUGGUAAUGUAGCAUGAAGCAUGAGUAUUGUAGCUUUGAUAAGCUGCAGUUUAACAUGACUCAGCAUUGAUGUGAGUCACUAUGUAAGCAGUAUCCCAAAACACCAUUCCAACAUUAAAAACAUUAUUACUUUAUUUUAAGUAACAAUAAAAGCAAAGUUUAAAAAAAAAAGGUCUGAAUAUCGAUGACCGUGGGACUGAACACCUGAAAAAAUGAAUCUCAGAACUCAGGGAGUGUUAAUGCAUGUGUUUACAACGAAGUGUAUCCACCUGAAGAAAAAAAAAAAAAGCUGCUGUAAUUAAUUUUUUCUCUCAGGUAAUAGUAGAAAACUAAUUCUUUCUGGCUUUAAAGAUUUAUGUUUAACAAAGAGAAAACUGGUGUAAAAACAAUUGUCUUUUUAUUCUGUCAACGGCUGAAUAUUUAUGAUAUGGAUUUGUUUGAAAAUAAAUUCUAUUAUCGAACCUCA